UCUUCGCCUUUCAAACUAUUUCAGAUAAUUUUCAAGCGUUUCAGCUCCACAGAGAAAAUAUAUUAAAAAAAGUAAACCUAAGCGAAUACCAAAGUGAAGAAGACUGCCAAUAAGAAAGACGAUUGGAUUCAUUGUCUGUCUGGCCGUGAGCACAGUAAUAAGCCAGCUCUUCCCGGCACAGGUCGAUUCGGUUCCUCGGCUUUCAUAAAUUCCUCAAUUACCCUGAAGUACUUAAAGUGUUUGUAAAAAUGCCACCAAAUGCAGCCAAUGGCCUAGCUGGCAGCGCUGAAGUGGAGCAAAUGCUGAGCAGCUCCAAAGCUGGAGCAUCCAAGCAGACGGGCGUGCUCUUCGAAGAUGAUGCAGACACCAACGAUGGCGCCUUGGACGUGAAUGUCGUAGAGUUGAAGAAGGCCGAGAAGCGCAAGCUGAAGUGGGUCUGGCGCAACAUUAUACUCUUUGCCUAUGUGCAUUUCGCUGCUCUCUACGGCGGCUUCUUGCUCUUGACCCAAGCCAAAUGGCCAACAGUUGUUUUCUCCAUUUUUCUAUACGUGGCGGGCAUGCUGGGCAUCACGGGCGGCGCUCAUCGCCUCUGGGCUCAUCGCUCCUACAAGGCCAAGUGGCCGCUGCGCCUGAUAUUGAUCACCUUCAAUACGAUCGCCUUCCAGGACGCCGCCUUCCAUUGGGCGCGCGAUCAUCGCGUGCAUCACAAGUUCUCCGAGACGGAUGCCGAUCCACACAAUGCGACGCGUGGCUUCUUCUUCUCGCACGUCGGCUGGCUACUGUGCAAGAAGCAUCCCGAUGUGGUGGCCAAGGGCAAAGGCUUGGACUUGACCGAUCUGCGCGCCGAUCGCAUACUCAUGUUCCAGCUCAAACACUACUUUGUUCUAAUGCCGCUGGCCUGCUUCAUAUUGCCAACUGUCAUACCCAUGGUCUGCUGGAACGAAUCGCUGUUGUGCUCCUGGUUUGUGUCCACCAUGUUCCGCUGGUGCUUCCAGUUGAACAUGACAUGGCUCGUCAAUAGCGCAGCUCACAAGUUUGGCGGACGUCCUUACGAUAAGAAUAUUAACCCAUCGCAAAGUCCGUAUGUCUCGGCCUUUACCUUUGGCGAGGGCUGGCACAACUAUCACCAUGUCUUCCCCUGGGACUACAAGACCGCCGAAUGGGGCAACUAUUCGCUGAACAUGACCACAGCGUUCAUAGAUCUAUUUGCCAAAAUUGGAUGGGCCUACGAUCUGAAGUCAGUGGCCCCGGACACGGUAGAGCGACGAGUGCGUCGCACCGGCGAUGGAACACACGAGCUAUGGGGCUGGGGUGAUAAGGAUAUGACCGCAGAGGAUCAACAGCGCGUGCUCUUUAUGGACAUGAAGACGCACUAAAAGCAUAGUUAAUUAAAAGUACUUUAAUCUUAGGACAAUAUAGUUAGACACUUAUGCUAAGUGGGUUGUAUUUUAUAUAGUAACAAAAAUAUAUACAAUGUAAUUAACUCGGA